AUGAAUAUGAAUGGCUUCCAGGAAUUGCGCACUCUGGACGAAGCCGCUGAGGAAGCAUUGACCAGAGAGGUGGAAAUAAUGAAGAUGCUGGAUCAUCCGCAUAUUGUGUAUUACCUGGGUAUUACUAAACAGAUCAAGACUAUGAUGCCGUGCAUGGUACUAGAGUACUUGCCUAUGGGUAGUCUGUACGAUUUCCUCAAGAAGCGCCGCACCAGCGACCAGAACCUGCCCAUCUCUGCGUUGACAAUUCUGGCCCACCAACUGGCGCAAG